CGCGCUCCCCGUCCCCGCCAGUCUCGUGGCGUCGGCCGUGUCGAGCAGUCGAGCGGACGGUGUGUGUGCGAGCUGCUGCUGCCGCGGGACGCUUAGAGCGAGCGCGCGCGCGGAGUGCGAGUCGAGAGGAGCGGCGCGAGGUGUGUGUCUCUGUCGGCGUGCUCCUGCAAGGCGGCCACCAACCUCGGCCAUCCCUCACCGUGGAUUACAGUGACACAGGAUCUCCCCCGCGACCUGCCGCCGCCCGCGGCGGACCUGCCGACUGAUAUCUCCCACCUGCUGACGGCCGCCCACGCGCGCCACCCCCGCCGCCGACAUGCACAUGGGCGACCCCUCCGGCCUGGCCGGCAUGCUGCCCUUCGACUCCAUCGGCCAGAUCGGGCUCUACGAGCAGCCCAAGCCGCGCUUCAUCUUCAAGAUGCCGCGCGUCGUGCCCGACCAGAAGGCCAAGUUCGAGCAGGACGAGCUGUUCCGGCGGCUCAGCAGAGAGGGCGACGUGCGCUACACAGGAUACCGGGACAGACCCACCGAGGAGCGCCAAGUUCGCUUCCAGACGGGCUGCAGGGAGGGGCACACAGAAGUGGCGUUCGUCGCAACGGGGACCAACAUCCAGCUCGUCUUCCACGCCGGCACCAACGGCUACACCCACGGCGAGCACGGCCGCGACUGCGACUUUGAGAAGGAGCACGGCAAGGUCCACCUCCGGUCGCACUUUAUCAUGAACGGCGUGUGCGUGCGGUGGCGAGGCUGGAUGGACCUGGACCGCCUCGAGGGCAUCGGCUGCCUGGAGUUCGACGAGAAGGCCGCGGCGAUCGAGGACGCCAUGCUGCGGGACCAGAUCGAGCGGUACAACCAGAGGCUGCGCGACUUCGACGAGAAGCAGCGCGCCUACCGGCAGCAGCAGGAGCGCCUCGACACGGAGCUGGACGUGCGGCACGCCCACGCGCACGCGCACGCCGGCCACGUGGCGCAGCGGCACGGGCUGGCGGGCCACGGGCACGCGGCGGGCGCGCCCACCGGCCCGCACCCCCACCUGCCCAUGCAGUACCGCGCGUAGCACCCCUGGGGGGCCCCGCACACGGGCCCGCAGGCCUCCAGCUCGGCCCCGGACGGCGCGCCCGCCGCCCCCGGCGCGGCCCUGGCCCCGGGCCUGGCCCCGGGCCUGGCCCCGGCCCCCGGGGACUGGCCCCACCCCUACAUGUAGCGAGCAGCAACCAAAGACUGUGCGGACUGCGUUGCGUACCCUCCCCGACGUACCGCGGGGGGGUUGUUCACGGCCUCCACAACGCUCCUCGACGUGCGCCGUGCGCCGAGGCGUGUGGAAGGUGUCCCCGAGACGUCGCUCAGCGUGAUCCAUCAUCUUUGUUUGUUCGGUCGGUCACCUGAGUGGGGACAACACUACUUGCUUUCGUGAACGUCAAAUAAUAAGCAUGCUGUGAAUAUUUAUAAGCAUAUUGAGUUACCGUGUCAAUUCGUUUUGCCUAAACGGCGGGGUCAAAAGUUACACCUGACCUGGACCUGGACCGGCGUCACACAUCCUCGGUGGAGAACUCUCUUUCAUUUCUCCAUGCAAUAGAAACAGUAGCGUUGUGAGCGAUGAGUUAGGUGUGCUCUGCAAGAAGGCAUCUAUAUAUGUGUGUAACGUGAUAAGCAAUACUUGUAAUUUGUGUGUUUCGACUGAUAAAAAGCCGAAACGUUAUGAGAACUACAAAACCUGUUUCGUGUUAAAAAUGUACAGUGUUACGUCUUUUAUAAUUCUCUUUCAACAAAUUUUGUCCAAAAUUUCAGUUAGUAUGUUUGUUCUGUGUUCCGUCAAGAUCUUACAAUGAAACAUUGUAAACAAUAUAAGUAAUUUAAAACCUUUUGUACAAAUGUGAUUACCCGAGUAGUCUCAAAUCUUCACAACCAAAACGACUUUGUGGUGUGUACACGGGUUUAGUGCACUUCAGCUCAGGUUAUACUUUACCAUCUUUAGGAAAAAUAUGAAAUAUAUAGAGUUAUGAUUGAUUAUGUACUACUGCAUGUUUGUUAAGUUUUUUCUCUCGAUCAAGGAUACUUUUCUCUCCGUGUUGUGUUAAGAUUUCCCUGUACUGUUACAUCAGACUCGUCCCCAUGCACGUCGUCAUGAUACCUCUCCUAACAUGUCAUUAAUUUAUGCAUUUAAAAAGAAAAGAGUAUCUGAUUGUGAAAUAUAUUAGUUGGUGCUGGCCCGCCGUGGCGGGCCAGCACAUUUUUGUUUGUUUUUAUUUUAAUCUCUAGGUAUUCGUGUAAAGUAUUUGCAAAUAUAUUUAUGUUCAUUUUAAA